UUUUCUUAUUUUUUUUAACAUUAAUAGCAAUGACAGAGAUGGAGAAUCACAUGAAUAUUGAUUCCAAUAAUACAAAUAUAGAAGAAGAUGAGAUUUUAGCAGAAUAUCCUAUUUAUUUAACAACAGAGCUUUCAAAGUACUUGUAUUUAUUCCAAUAUCCUAUGCGAUCCACACCUUUUACAACGAGAACAGGACCUAAUGCAGCACGAUUAAAGCCAAAAGCAAAGAUGGUUGAGCUUGAUUUACCAUUAGACACUAGAUCCCCUAACUAUAGUACUGAAAGAGGUGAAGAUUUUGCAAUGGGUUUAAAUGAUAAGACGAUCAAGACAGCCUAUGAUAGGCGCAUGGAAGAACAUGAAGAAGAAAUGAUGGGACAUAAAUCAAAAAAGAAAGAAGAAGAAUUGCUGGAUAGAAUGACACUUACUUCUACUCAAGUGCCUAGUCAGACCAAAUAUGUUGUUGGCAUUAUACGUGAUGAGGAACUUCAUAUUACACCUAUUAAUACAACUGUACAAUUAAGACCUGGUUUUAAAUAUAUUGACAAGAUUGAUGAAAAAUGGAAAGCAGCUAAUAAACGUAUUCAAGAUGUAGAGAAGCAAGAAGAAAGAAAACAAAAUGAUACGGGUACAGCACAAACUGUCCAAGUAUCUGUUAAAAAUGCAGAACGUGAAGGCAGUAUUCGAAAGAAUUUAUAUUCUAUGGCUGUAAGAAAUGCAGAAGAGGAAGAAUGGCAGCCAAUUGUAUAUUACGAUGAAAAUUCACUUCAAGCUGAAGCAGUGAGUGAAAAAUUAUAUACACAAUCAAAAGAACCUCUAAAGUGUACUACAACUAAAUCUGAAUACCUCGAUCAAUUAAGCAGCGUUAAAGCAUAAAAUAAUUGCAUGUGUAAUAAAAAGGAUAUAUUUGCAUUUACUACUUGUUAUUUUUUUUUUCACUCAGAAAAUAUUACGUAAUAAAAUCAAGUAUAAUAUAGGUUAUAAUGGUACGUAACAGGCCAUCCUAAUCCUUCUCUCUCUCCCCCAAAAAAAAAACUCCCUUCUUCUCUUUUUUU